UUUCAAAAGUUUCUUUUUUCUAUUCCGAGAAUAAAAUGCAUCAUUCUCUGCUUCUUUAUUCAUCAUAAUUUAAGUUAACUUAUUCCAAAGUAAAAACGACAACAACAAUCAUUUGCAGAAAUAAACGACAUUAAACAUAUAAAAACGACAUCAACAGAUGACUUAGACAAACGGAAGUGAACUGAAGCCCCCAUCAUCAUCUUCUUCACCAAACUGAAACUGAAACUGUAAAAAACCUUCAAACCCAACAACUCUUUCAAUUCCUUACUCAUUGAUCUCCACUCCAACGGUCAAAGCAAUGAAAAAUCUCAAGCCUUUGAGCUCAUAAUUGGCUCUCCCAUGGGAUUUUGAGCCUCUCGCCAUGGACAACGAUGAUGUAGUUGAUUUCGACUCAGAACAUCCCGACGAUGGUACCUACCACCAUUUCGAUGAUGAUGAUGGUGAUGGUGAUGAUUCCUACGAAGAUGACGACGGAGGUAUAGCUCAAGAUGGUUCUUCUUCCUCAGCUAGGUACAACGCCAGCGAAGGUGGUGGCGGCGACCACAAUCUCGAACCCUAUGAGGGAAUGGAAUUCGAUUCUGAACAGUCCGCCCGUAUGUUCUACAAUUCGUAUGCUCGACGAGUCGGAUUCAGCACCCGGGUCAGCGUCUACCAGCGCUCGCGUCGUGACGGCUCCAUCAUAUGCCGCCAAAUUGUCUGCUCCCGCGAGGGUUUUCGUCGCGAGGCCUCUGAAACCAGGUCCAAGCGCCAGCGAACCGUUACUAGGGUUGGUUGUAAAGCUCAGAUGACCGUCAAAAAACAAGCUUCCGGGAAAUGGGUCGUCUCCAAAUUGGUCAAAGAACACAACCACGAGCUUGUGCCGCCUGAUAAGGUCCACUCCCUCCGCUCCCACAGGCAUGUCUCUGGUUCAGCUCGAAGCUUAAUCGACACUCUUCAGGCAGCUGGAAUGGGGCCUAGUGGGGUUAUGUCAGUGUUGAUUAAGGAGUCUGGUGGAGUCAACAAUGUUGGUUUCACCAAAGUGGAUUGCCAGAACUAUAUGAGUAGCAGUAGGCAGAGAAGUCUCGGCAAUGGAGGUCAGCUUCUUUUUGACUAUUUGAAGCGAAUGCAGGAGGAGGAUCCUCAAUUCUUUUGUGCCAUUCAAGGUGAUAAUACAGAGAAUUCGACAGGAAAUAUUUUCUGGGCUGAUGUAAAGUCGAGAUCGAAUUACAACUUCUUUGGAGACACUGUUACAUUCGAUACAACGUACAGGACCAACCGUUAUCGGGUGCCAUUUGCACCGUUCACUGGUUGGAACCAUCAUGGGCAACCUGUGUUGUUCGGAUGCGCCUUGCUCCUCAAUGAAUCCGAGUCUUCAUUCGUUUGGCUAUUCCAAACUUGGCUAGCUGCAAUGUCUGGUCGUCAGCCUAUCUCAAUCACCACAGAUCAAGAUAGAAUCAUCCGCUCAGCUGUGCUGCAGGUAUUUCCCGAAACCCGCCAUCGAUUUUGUAAGUGGAAUGUGUUUAGAGAAGCUCAGGAGAAACUGUCUGAUGUUUAUCUUUGGCACCCUAAUUUUGAAGCUGAGUUCUUUAGGUGCAUCAAUAGUACUGAGACAGUUGAUGAUUUUGAGUCUUGUUGGGAGUCUCUUGUUCAAAGAUACAAUCUUGGUGAUAAUGAUUGGCUUCUGUCAAUGUAUAAUGCUCGCCAGCAGUGGGUUCCUGUGUUUCUUAGGGAUGCAUUCUUUGGUGAGAUGUCCACGACUCAAGCUAGUGAUAAUAUAAAUUCUUUUUUCGAUGGAUAUAUAAACGCAUCGACUACUAUCCAGGCGCUGAUCAAGCAGUAUGAAAAAGCAGUAGCCUCUCGCCAUGAGAAGGAGGUAAAGGCAGAUUACGAAACGAUUAACACCACUUUAGUUCUGAAAACGCCGUCUCCCAUGGAAAAACAAGCUGCAAAAAUUUAUACAAAGAUAAUAUUUACGAAGUUCCAAGAAGAACUAUUUGAGACUCUUGCUUAUCCUGCAACUAUUGUAGAUGACACAGGAUUAGAAACCAUGUAUAGGGUGGCGAAUUUCGGAGAAGAACACAAGGCACGCUUUGUUAAGUUCAAUGUUUUUGAAAAGAAAGCUAGGUGUAGUUGCCAAAUGUUUGAGUUUUCGGGUAUUACUUGUAGACACAUUUUAGCAGUUUUUAGAGUGACCAAUGUUCUUACACUUCCUUCCCAUUAUAUUUUGAAACGGUGGACAAGGAAUGCCAAAAGUGGAAUUUUUAUAGAUGAGCAUGCCCUUGGAUUGUUGUCUAGUAACUCUCAAGAUUCUUCUGCUGCUCGCUAUGAAAAUCUACGCAGGGAGGCUAUCAAAUAUGUAGAAGAAGGAACCGAAUCCGAUCAUGUCUACAAUGCGGCCAUGGAAUGUCUUCACGUGGCUGCAAAGAAAGUUGCUUCUGCGCAAGUGCAGGUUCCUCGAGUCUUACAGAAGAGUACUUGUGGUGACAGCCAGCACCAGCAACUUCAUGAGUCCUACUACUCAUUGGAUCAAGACAGGAAAAUCAAAGAAUUGACGGCCGAAUUGGAAGAUGCAAGUCAGCGAUGCGAAGCAUACAGAGCGAAGCUUCUGGCUGUUCUCAAGGAUAUGGAAGAAAGGAAGUUGAAGAUAUCAGUGAAUGUUCAGAAUGUGAGGCUUAAUCUCAGAUUUUAGCUAUAUGGGAGUGUCAUUGCCAUUGCCAUUGCUAUCCUAUCUCCAAUAUCAGCAUUCAACAAACAUGAUAUCUCUUUUUCUUUUCUGUAAUGUAAAUCCAAUGUAACAAUAGGGUCCAAUGAUGAAGUAGGUGGGGAGGUGGGGAGGGAGGUUUGCUAGUUGUUCAAGAUGACUAACAUUUACUUUCUUGUAUUUCAUUUAGUGUAAAAAAAUAGGUAAAAUUAUGAUAUGAUCCCACUUAUUUAGUAUUGACUAAAUUCUGGCUAUGAUGCUCAUUUGAGGUUUUUGGUUGCACUUGUUGCACCUCAGGAAGUCUUAAAAUUAUCAUCAAAUGAAACUUUCUAGUUUCUAUA